AUGGUUGAGGAACAAAAGAAAAAAAGAACAUUUCGUAAAUUCUCCUACCGUGGUGUUGAUUUAGAUCAACUUUUGGACAUGAAUCGUGAACAAUUUGCUGCCCUCCUUCCAGCACGUCAAAGAAGAAAGCUUGCUCGUGGACUUUCUCCAAAACACGAACGUUUUAUUCAACGUAUUCUUAAAGCUAAAAAGGAAUGCCCAGCUCUCGAAAAACCAGCAUGUGUCAAGACUCAUCUUCGUGAUAUGGUUAUUCUUCCAGAAAUGGUUGGAGGAGUAGUCGGAAUUCACUCUGGAAAAACCUUUAACCAAGUUGAAAUCCGUGCUGAAAUGAUUGGACAUUAUCUUGGAGAAUUCUCUAUCACCUAUAAACCAGUUAAGCAUGGACGUCCAGGUAUUGGAGCUACCCACUCUUCACGUUUCAUCCCACUCAAGUAA